GUCCCGAAGAGAGUAAUUCCUUUGAAUAGUAGACCGAAAGUGUAGCGAGUCGAGCUGGCAGAAGAAGUACAAGUAGACGCUGUUCGCAUAGGAAAAUGGCAUCACAACUUCCAACCAUCGACAAACUCGGCAUGUCAGACGCCUACCAGACCUACAAGAUUGGCGACUUCAAGUUGCAGCGCGGUGGGGAGCUUCCGGAUGCCUUUAUCGCCUACAAGACACUAGGAGAUUCUUCUCUUCCAGCGGUCAUCUACCCAACAUGGUACUCUGGACUUAUAUCCGACAACUUGUGGCUCACGGGAUCUGACAAGACGCUUGAUCCUUCCAAGUACUACAUCAUUAUUCCAGCACUCUUCGGCAACGGACAAUCAGCGUCGCCAUCAAACAAACCAGACCUCCGGCCGUUCCCCGAAAUCACGUUCUAUGACAACGUGCGAGCCCAGCAUGAACUUGUCACGAAACACCUGGGCGUCAAGCAUGCAAGAGCUGUACUGGGGUGGAGUAUGGGUGCCGGUCAGACUUUCCAGUGGGCGACGCAAUAUCCGGACUUCAUGGACCUGAUUGCUCCUUUCUGCGGUGCCGCGAAAACUAGCCUGCACAACCAGUCAAUGCUCGAAGGCGUCAAGUCUGCUUUGUACGCGGCGAAGGGGACCAGCAGCGAGGGCAUCGGCAAGCAGCACUUGAGUUCUGACAAGGCCCAAUACAGGGAAUUCACCGAAGAGUCCAAGCGUGUUGGACUCAAGGCGCUCGGUCGAGUAUACUCCGGGUGGGGUUUCAGUCAAGCCUUCUACCGCCAAAAGCUUUAUGAAAGUGUGCUAGGGUUCAAGGACAUUGACGACUUCAUGGUGAACUUUUGGGAGGCCUGGGCGUGUUCCAAGGACCCAGAGAACAUGUUGGUCAUGGCCAACACCUGGCAAAUCGCCGACUGUUCGAAUCAAGAGCCAUACAACGGCGACUUUCAAAAGGCGAUGGAAGGGAUCAAGGCCAAGGCGCUGAUUCUUCCAGCUCAGACUGAUCUUUACUUCCCGCCAGAAGACUCAGAGAUUGAAGUAGAGAACAUGAGACCAGGUGUGGGAACGCUCAAGGUCUUCCCAAGCAUCUGGGGUCAUUGGGCUGGCGGACCUGGAGACAGUAAGGAGGAUGUGAAGUGGCUGGACGAGCAGUUGCGAGAGCUCUUCGCGAGUGAUUGAGGUCUCACUCCAGGGUGGGUUCCGUCUGAUAGAUUGGUAGCUCAGUCUUCUCCCAGCUUUAUGCCACCAACGAUAUUGAAUCGAUCUUUGAAGCCUUUGCGUUCGAUGACGUAGAUGGUAUCGACAAACCAGGGUAGUUCUUUCG